CUUUCCUAUCCAUUCUGUAAAGACGUCCCCCAUGUUAUGAAAUCCACGGGGGUAAUGUGAAUGUGUUCAACUCUAGGAUAUACAUUCCAGACAGAGCUGCCUUAGGCAAUGGCCUCCCCUUCACCCCACGACCGGAGUCGUCGCCCCAGCGAGGACCAGGAUGAGGAGGACCCAGUGGACCAGAUGAUCAGCAGGACAGGAUGUGGGGAGCUGCACUACGCUGUCCAGGAGUGCAUGGCCGAGCACCAGGACUGGAGGAAGUGUCAGAACCAGGUCCAGACCUUUAAAGACUGUAUGAUGACCUUCCAGAAGGCCCGGAAGGAACAGCUGAUGAAGCAGAGGCCGUCCACAGAAUCGGCUUAGAAGAGCAUCCAGUGGUUUAGGUGUUUUCAUUACGUAUCUGGACUGAUAACUGAGAUGUCAACGGUUUUAGUUUUGCCGCUGACAUUAUAAUUGGUUAGCGUGUUUAAAACAGUCCUUCUCAAAUGGUGGAUCGCAACUGAUAUUUUUGGUCCACAGCCCAAGACUGGGUCCAUGCUGACUGGUGGGUCACAAGAUUACACAUAAAGCUGUAGAUGGGUCUCAACUCAACACGUUGUGUUGGAAAAGACAAUGUUAAAACACCAUACUAUCACACUGCUUAGAGCACAGACUGCUUGUCACAGUAUUUGGUAUGGCAGCAGAACCUUCUGGCAGACUGUUUUCUCUCCGGGCUUUUCCUGAUGCAUCAAGAUGAAUAACUGAUGAAAUCUCUUCUCUAAAUCUAUCGUGUGGGUUUAGGGCUGUGUAUGUUGAAACGCUACAACAUUCACCUUUCAUUCAUAGCUUGUAAUUCAUUGGUUAAAGGGUGGAUGGGUGUGUGCCUGUCCUAGAGAGAGAGAGAGAGUUCCGUUUCUGUAGUGGCAGAGUUAACAGGCACAUUUAAUGUGGUUGUAUUCAUUUUGACAUUAUAAAACUCUAUAUAUCACUAUCA